AUGUCGGAUGGUAGACAGCGACUUUCAGGUGCAGAAUAUAGGAAAAGAAAACGUGAAAAAGAAGCUGUAAUUAAAAAACAGUCUAAUUCUAUCAAAAAAUUUUUAACGGGUUCUUCCUCUUCAUUAAAUAUUUCAAAUGCUGUAGUUGUACAACCUAGUGAAGUUGUUGACUCUUUCUCAGUUAUAGAUGCCACUGUACCUUCUGAAACUACAGUAGCCAAAAGUUCAACAGAAAAUGUUAUCAGUACAGACCCUGCGGAAUGGCCUUUAAUUAUUAAUAACGACUUUAAAACAUUGUUGGUUGAAAAAGGCCCUCCUGCUCCGUUAAAUGCAAAUUUUGUAUUUCCUUCAGAUGAUCAAGGACGAAAAUUCACACAAUUUCAUUACAAACGAAGUAUGAGUAAUGGAGAAAAUGUCACAAGAACAUGGCUUGUAUACUCUAUUUCCAAUGACGUAAUAUUUUGUUUUUGCUGUAAACUAUUUGAUAAUUCAAACUCUAAGUUGGCUUUAGAAGGGUAUAAUGACUGGAGGCAUUGUACACAAAUGUUAAAAGGACAUGAAACAUCAAAAAAUCAUUUGACCGCAUAUAGUACAUGGUUAGAAUUGUCAUUGAGGUUAAAAAAAACAAAAACAAUUGAUGACGUAAACCAACGUAUUUUAGAAUCUGAGUGUAGGCAUUGGAAUGAAGUUUUACAACGUAUCAUGUCGGUAGUACAAUUUCUCGGUCAUCAAAAUUUAGCUUUUCGUGGAUCAUCUGAUCAGUUAUUCAAACAUAAUAAUGGAAAUUUUUUAAAAUUAAUUGAACUUAUGGCUAAGUAUGAUUCUGUGAUGGCUGAACAUGUAAGAAGAAUAAUUAAUAGUAAAAAAAAUAUAAGCCAUUAUUUAGGAAAAGAUAUUCAAAAUGAGAUGAUUAAUUUAUUAGCUCAGUCUAUUAAGUCUCGCAUAGUUACUAUGGUUAGCGAAGCGAAGUAUUAUAGUAUUAUACUAGAUUGUACUCCUGAUAUAAGUCACUCGGAGCUCAUGACUAUUAUUAUUCGUUUUGUGUCAAUUGAAGAUUCAAAAGUUACCAUACGUGAACAUUUUCUUGGUUUUAUUUCAGUUGAAAAUAGUACUGGAGAAAAUCUAUGCGAUGUACUUUUAAAUAUAUUACGUGAGCUGAAUAUACCUUUGAGUAAUAUGCGAGGACAAGGAUAUGACAAUGGAGCCAAUAUGAAAGGUGUGCACUCCGGAGUCCAACGGCACAUUCGAAAUAUUAAUCCACGUGCAUUUUUUGUUCCUUGUAGUGCGCAUUCCUUAAAUCUUGUUGUAAAUGAUGCCGCAAAAUCUUCAAAAGAAGCUGUAGCGUUUUUUGAUAUAAUUCAAAAAGUAUUCAACUUUUUUUCUGCCUCAACUAUUCGUUGGCAAAUUCUUUUAAAACAUGUUAAAGAACUAACACUCAAACCAUUAAGUCAAACCCGGUGGGAAAGUCGAAUAGACGCACUUAAACCGUUUCGAAAUUACAUAGGUGAAAUUUAUGAUGCUUUGUUUGAAAUAUCAGAAAAUAUAAAUUUAGAUCCGAUGGUAAAACAUGAAGCUGAAUGUUUAUGUAAUCUUAUUAAAACAUUUAAAUUUAUUUGUUCUGUUGUCAUUUGGUACGACAUACUUAAUCAUAUAAAUCCAGUUAAUAAAUUAAUGCAAAAACCAAAUUUUGACAUAUCUUUAGCUUUGGGCAUUUUAGAAACUUUAUUGAAACAUUUAAAUGAACUGAGAUCUGAAGAAUCUUUUGAGAAAAUGAUUAUAGAUUCAACAGCACUUGCGACGGAAAUGGGAGUAGAGUCUGUUUUUGAGAACUCACGGGACUUACAAAUUCUUCUUACCGAUGGUGAUUCAACAGAUAUCAAUGGAAUUGAAAUGGCCCAUGAAUUAAAGUCAGUAUCAGCUAUGGUUGAUGAUAACUUAACACCUUAUGAACUCUUAACAUUUGUGAUAAAUGCAGGUGACUUUGCACCAAACCUAUCCAUUGCCUUACGAAUUUUGAUAACAUUACCAGUAUCAGUGGCAACUGGUGAAAGAAGUUUUUCGAAAUUGAAACUUAUCAAAACAUACUUACGCUCAACAAUGAAAAACGAACGACUUUGUGGUCUAGCCAUGAUCUCAAUUGAACACGAAGUUGGUCAAGAAUUAACAGAGAAAAACCGAUUAAUUGAUGCAACGUGUUAUUUGGCCAAACAAGAGUUUCCGUUUCGUGGACACGAUGAACAAAUAACUUCCACAAAUCGGGGUAAUUACGUAGAAUUAAUUAAUUUGAUGGGGACACUUGAUCUCAAAUUAAGCGGACACCUUUCGACUGCCACUGUUUUUUCUGGACUUUCUGGAGAUAUACAAAACGAUCUUAUACAAUCAAUUUCUAAUGUUCUAAUGAAAAAAAUUGCAUUAGAAAUAAAAAAUGUUGAUUUUGUUUCUAUAAUUAUGGAUGAAACCACCGACGUCGUUUCGAAAUCUCAAUUAUCAAUAAUUUUUCGAUAUAUGACAUAUGAAGAGGUACAGGAAAGAUUUUUGACGUCAGUCAAGAUCGAUCUGCCAAAUGCUUAG